AUGGUUAGAGUACGUAUAAAAUCUGAUGCACCUUUGUUUUCAGCUGAAGAUUAUUCAUAUAUAAUGCAAUGUCGUGAUAUAAAGCCAAGAUACAAAAUUUUAAAAGAAUUAUUGGAUAAAUAUAAAACAUCAUCAAAACGUAUUUAUCAAAUUUGGAGAGGAGAAGAGGCUAAUAGAGUUCUCUGGGAUCAACCUAUACCUUAUUCAUAUGUAUCAGAGACUACCUCUGGCAAUAAUUCAUCUAGUACAAAUGAUGCAAUUCACUCUGAAGUUUUAUCUGAUGAAUCAGUAGAAGUGGUACAGCCAAAGAUUCGAAAUUCUACUUCUUCACAUGCAGUAAAAAAAAGUGCCUCUUCUAUAGACAAUACAUCUAAGAGAAAAUCCGAUCUUGAAAAAUUAAUAAAAGAUACUAAAAGAUUAGCUCCUAUGUGCCCAUCUUUGCCUCGGGACACAACACCAUUCCUUGCAAUUAUUACUGAACAAUUUAGUGGCAUAAUGCAAAAAUGCUUCUUUACUGAUGUGGUACUAGAUCUUUAG